AUGGUGAAUGAAAUUAAGAAAACUGAGGAUAAUAUCAUCAGUACAUUAGGCGACAUUAAACAAACAGUUGCUGAUUUUACGGACAUGUUUGCCGAUAUGAGAGGGAACAUAACGGACGAGUUGUUAAAGAGAGAAGAAGAGAUCAAAGGCAGAGAAAAGUUGUUCAAAACAUUAUUUGAGGAAACAAGAAAAACCCUGACUAGUGGCAACGAGGCUGAAAAACAGAAACUUAUUCAACUCCAAGGAAUCCUCGAACAACCUGCUAUCGCUUUCUAUGCACAUCACUUGAAAGACCUGCUUCUUGAUACUACAGAUGAGAUUCUCAUAUUUGAGAAGACAUUUACUAACGAGGGAACAGGUUACGACACAUCCACGGGAUUGUUCACGGCACCUGUUGGAGGACUGUAUCAGUUUGAUGUUCAUACAUGUGCUUCUAAUGAAAAAUAUUCAUAUCUGGGCCUAGUGAUGGAAGGUAACGUUAUUGCAGCAGAUGCUAACUAUGGUGAUGCUAGUUAUGGCUGUAAUAAUUUUGGAGCAAUAAUAAGAUUAAAAUCAGGGGCAAAAGUUUGGAUCAAAUCCACAUCGUCAGCUUCUAAUCGCCAGUUAUAUCAAGACUCACAUAGGUUCAACACAUUUAGUGGACUGCUAGUGAAUAACUGAAUUAAAAUUAAUACAUAGACAAUAAUCUUAAUAAACUCAUUUCAGUGUUAAUUCCUGAUGCGAAACGAAAAUAUUUUGGUGUAAAUUGUUUCAAUUGAUUGAGACUCAUAAUCACAUUAGGUUUAAGAAUGUCAUUUGGCUAUUUUAAUACCUCCAGAUGAGCCUUAUUAUUUGAAGAAAAACAAACUUGUGAAAAAUGUUCAAUCAUUUAAGUACAGUAAAACGACUCAAG